AGGCUCACCGAGAAACUCUUCCGCCGCUGCUUUGGUUCCGACGUGCAAACAUGGCGUCCGCCGUGCUGAAGGUUGCAGCAGCAGGUCUUUCCAGAUGUUCUCGUCUCUCACUCAUGAGGGCACAUUCAACGACAGCAGCCCUCCAUCAGGGCGUUCCUGGAUCACUGUGGAAUCUGGGGAGGCUGAACCACAUCGCCAUCGCUGUUCCUGACAUGGAGAAGGCCACAGCUCUGUAUCGGGACGUGCUGGGGGCCACAGUGAGUGACAAGGUGCCUUUGCCAGAGCACGGCGUCUAUACAGUGUUUGUGGAGCUCGGCAACACUAAGCUGGAGCUGCUCCAUCCUCUGGGGGAGAAGAGCCCGAUCGCCGGCUUCCUGCAGAAGAACAAGUCUGGAGGGAUGCAUCACAUUUGUAUAGAGGUGGACAACAUUAACGCUGCCAUAGCGGACCUGAAAGCAAAGAACAUCAGAACUCUGUCAGCAGAACCACGGAUAGGCGCGCACGGGAAACCAGUGAUGUUUCUUCAUCCUAAAGACUGUGACGGUGUGCUGGUGGAGCUAGAGGAAGCGUGAACACUUCAGUCUGACAGGCAAUGUUGGAGCUGAUAAUUCACAUUUAUAUCUUCCACAAGCAGUUUGAUAACAAAUUUUGAUUUUGUAAUAUUUGUCAUCGUAGCACUUAGGUUUUGAUCUUCUCAUUUCAGAAAUGUGCCUCAAAACUUCCAGUUUUGCUCUUGACUUUCUGGUUUUGUUGGGAAUAAAUUACAGUGUGGUGUUUAA